AUGGCUAGCUGCAGCAACAUUAAGGGCAAGAAGUCAUGGCCUGAACUGGUCGGGACAUCAGGUCAAGCUGCAACAAUCAUAAUCGAGAGACAAAAUGUGAAUGUGGAUGCCGUCAUUGUCGAAGAAGGAAGUUCUGUGAGCACUGACAUCCGAUGUGACAGGGUUAGGAUUUUCGUUGAUGAUAACCACAUUGUCAAAGAAGUGCCCAAAGUGGGUUAA